AUGAUUGACCUCAUCCACUUCCAACCUGACAAGGGAGGCAACCCAGAGAUUGUCCGAGAGUCGCAGCGACAGAGAGGAGCCGAUGUCGGUCUGGUAGACCAGGUCGUUGAGCUCUCGGCCGAGUACAGACAAGCCAACUACGAGCAAGAGUCGGCUCGACGCGAGGUCAACAUCGUACAGAAGGAGAUUGGGACCAUCAAGAAGGCCAAGGGGGAUGCGUCGGAGCUGCUCGAGAAGAAGGGCGUGUGGGAUAAGAAGAUUGCCGAGCUGUCGCUGAAGGCGGCUGAGCUGGAGAAGAAGAGGGAUAAGCUCGCGGCGAGGAUUGGGAACAUUGUGGAUCCCAAGUGUCACGUCUCGCUCACUGAGGACGACAACCCUAUUCAGAACGUAUGGCACCCCGAGCCAAACCACAAGGGGAACUCGGAACCGGGACUGCAGGCCGAGGACAAGACGGCUGGGAUCAUCUCGCACCACGAAGUCUUGGCGAGGUUAGAGGCUUUCGAUACGGAGCGAGGUGUCAAGGUGUCGGGUCACCGGGGUUACUUCCUCACCAACGACGGUGUCGACCUGAACCAAGCGCUCAUCAACUACGGUCUCCAGUUCCUGCGGGAGCGUGGAUAUAAGAAGACCCAGGCACCCUUCAUGGUCAAGAAGGACCUCAUGGCCGCCACUGCCCAGCUCGAGGAGUUUGACGAGGCGCUCUACAAGGUGUCGGGGAACGAAGACAUGUACCUCAUCGCUACUUCGGAACAGCCCAUCUCGGCCAUGUUUGCGGACGAGAACAUCGAGCCUGCCAAGCUGCCGAUCCAGCUUGCUGGGUACUCGACGUGUUUCAGGAAAGAGGCGGGGAGCCACGGAAAGGAUACAUGGGGGAUCUUCAGGGUGCACCAGUUCGAGAAGGUGGAGCAGUUUAUUGUGUGCGAGCCAGAACAGUCGUCGGAAAAGCUCGACCAAAUGAUCAACGUCUCGCAAGAAUUCUACAAAUCCCUCGAAAUACCAUACCGAGUCGUCGGAAUCGUCUCGGGCGCGCUCAACAACGCUGCGUCGAUCAAGUAUGAUCUGGAGGCUUGGUUCCCAUACCAGGGAGAGUACAAGGAGCUGGUCUCGUGCUCGAACUGUACCGAUUAUCAGUCGCGAUCGCUCAAUGUCCGUCUCGGGUACAAGAAGGCCGAUGCCAAGGCUGGAUUUGUGCACAUGCUGAACGGUACUCUCUGCGCGACCGAGCGCGCCCUUUGCUGCAUUGUCGAAAACUAUCAGACACCCGAGGGUCUUCGGAUACCAAAGGUGCUCCAGCCGUAUAUGCAGGGCCGCGACUUCCUUCCGUACACUGCCGAGCUGCCCAAAAACUCGACAACGGCCAAGGCAGCGAAGAAGUAG